GAUGGACGAACCGCGAGGUGGGACGCGAGAGGGUCUUCGUCCGCGUGUCGUUGACAGCAGGCAGGCCCCGCAGUCGCACAGGCGUUGCAUUGCAGCUCGACAGUCAAAGCCGAUCUCUCGGCGUGGUAGCAUCGUUAGUAUCUCGAGUCAUAUCGCGGAGGCAUCGUGGGUCGUCGGUAUCAGUUAGUACGACGUAAAGUUGUCGCUUGUCGCGCCGUGCGAAUUUCAGGUCGGUUCGCGGCGAUUCAAUCGUCAGCAUAGUUUUUUUCCCCCCGGUUGUGUCUCGCGGUUAAUCAGAAACCCAGUUGUGCUUUCGUUCGUGUCGUGUAUGUUCGUCAACCACGUUUCCGCUCACGUGUGCCCAAGUGUGCAGAAGUGUAUGGAUGCCACGCCGGAAGCUGAGAUUGCACCGAGGACGUUCCCCUCGGCCGAUUAAUUCUUAGAUCGAUCAGUGAUCGCCUGUACUUCGGAUGUCAGGACUUGCAGCAUUCGGCUGCGUAAAACUUUGGCUCCGGUGAUUAAACGUUCAUCUAAGGACAAUCGUCAGCAGGUCCGAGCAGGGAUCGUGUUACCAAGUCUGUCAAAUGCCUGAAGACGGCAAUCGCUUACCUUCGAAAUCCUCUACCCGGCGAGCAUCGUCGAAAAGGCCUGUCGGAGUUUUCGGCUACAAAACUAACCGGCGAAGCGUGAGCAUCCGCGCGAUAGCGACAGUUUUCUGGCUGAAUUCACGAAACUUUCACGGUUACUCGGCGUGAGAGAUUGUUUUCUUGCCGUGCAGAAAACGAGAGCUGAUGAAUAGUGCACGGAAGUCGAUCAUCUAAGCGGAUCGGAAGCUUUGAACCGAGGACGUUCCCACGGCCAACCUACGUGAGCUUUUCUGCCCGGGAUACUUCGUGUAUCGCAAAUUCUGCUUAACUCGUAUCCAGUGUCAGGCGAGACAAUAAUUUUUACAAGAAAUCGUUAACUGGCGUGGAUACCAAUGAGCAGUAUCGGUGAAAGGAUGCGGUGAUAUCCGAGGAAACCGAAUUAGAAAGUAAACAUAUCAGCUUCAUAUCAAAUCGCCGGCCACGGAGAAGAACGUCACCGACUUAACGAGGCAUAUCAAAGGAAAAUGAAGGUCCAACGAUGAUCCCGUGGCAACCGAUACGUAUCGAGUGUCUCGUCGACACUUGAACGUGAUCUGACCGCACCGAGUCGACGACCAAUUAAAUUUCAUUUUUACCUCGCUCCUUUGAAGUCGCACGAAAUUCCGCAGAGGUGAAGAAGCGAGGAAGAGGAGAGGAUGUUACUCAGGUAACGCGACCUCUCGAGCCGGCUAAACAACGAUCUCUAAUCGAACCGUGCUCGAACAACCGAAGGAUAACAGGUGACAGAACGAUCCGCAGUGAAGAUCGGCCAUGGGUUUUCCUAGGCGAAGAUCGUUGUGGUUGAAAGUAGCCGUCCUAGCGACGGCUGCCUGGGCUACCGUGUGUUUCCUCUUGUAUACGGAGGACCGUGCCAACGCCAGUGACCAGGCCCUGGCACCGUCCGGCGUAGCCGCGCCCCAAGUGGCCAACGGUUUCGUACCAGUGGUGGGGCCGUUAAGAAAAGAGACGCCGGUCAACGCUCAGUCCAAGCUGAAGAUACCCCAGGCUGGCCCGGAGCAAGGUGGCGGCGUGUUGGUCGCUCCUCGCGAACAGGAUUCGAGCGCGCCUGGUGAAAUGGGGAGACCGGUGAUCCUGCCAACGAAUUUAACUGCCGAGACUAAGAAACUCGUCGACGAUGGAUGGUUGAACAACGCGUUCAAUCAGUACGUCAGUGACCUGAUUUCCGUUCACAGAACACUGCCCGACCCUCGAGAUCCAUGGUGUAAAGAACCUGGAAAAUAUUUGAAAGAGCUUCCACCCACAGCGGUGAUAAUCUGCUUUCACAAUGAAGCCUGGUCGGUACUGCUGAGGACGGUUCAUUCCGUGCUGGACAGAUCGCCAGAACAUCUCAUACAGGAAAUCAUCUUGGUCGACGACUACUCUGACAUGCCGCAUCUGCAGCGUCAACUGGAAGACUACAUGAUGAACUACCCGAAGGUACAGAUAAUCAGGGCGCAAAAACGCGAGGGUCUUAUCAGGGCUCGUUUGCUCGGCGCAGUGGCCGCAAAAGCCCCGGUGCUCACAUAUUUGGAUAGCCACUGCGAGUGCACCGAGGGCUGGCUGGAGCCGUUGCUCGAUCGAAUCGCCCGCGAUCCGACGACAGUCGUUUGCCCCGUGAUCGAUGUUAUCGACGACACCACUCUCGAAUAUCACUGGAGGGAUUCCGGCGGUGUGAACGUAGGCGGGUUCGAUUGGAAUCUGCAGUUCAACUGGCACGCGGUACCGGAACGGGAGAAAAAGAGGCACAAGAAUCCAGCGGAGCCUGUCUGGUCACCGACGAUGGCCGGAGGCCUGUUCUCGAUAGAUCGGGCUUUCUUCGAACGCCUCGGCACGUACGACAGCGGUUUCGAUAUUUGGGGCGGCGAGAAUCUCGAGCUCUCUUUCAAGACGUGGAUGUGCGGAGGCACCCUGGAAAUCGUGCCAUGCUCGCACGUGGGCCACAUCUUCCGGAAACGUUCGCCGUACAAGUGGCGCAGCGGCGUGAACGUGCUCAAGAGGAACAGCAUAAGGCUGAGCGAAGUGUGGUUGGAUGAGUACGCCAAGUACUAUUACCAGAGGAUAGGUCACGACAAGGGUAACUACGGGGACGUAUCGGAUCGGAAGGCGCUGAGAAAGAAGCUCGGCUGCAAAUCGUUCAAAUGGUAUCUCGACAACGUUUACCCGGAACUGUUCAUACCCGGCGAGGCAGUAGCUUCCGGCGAGGUUCGUAAUCUUGGAGAAGGCGGUAACACCUGUCUGGAUUCACCGGCACGCAAGGCAGACUUGCACAAACCAGCUGGACUUUACCCCUGCCAUCGACAGGGCGGAAAUCAGUACUGGAUGUUGAGCAAGACCGGUGAGAUCCGCCGAGACGAGUCGUGCUUGGAUUACAGCGGUACCGACGUGAUCCUCUAUCCUUGUCACGGCAGCAAAGGGAAUCAGCAAUGGAUUUAUAAUCCACAGACGAAGCAGAUCAGACACGGUAGCAGCGACAAGUGUCUGGCGAUAACAGAGAGUAAGCAACGUUUGGUGAUGGAGGAGUGUUCCCCGACGGCGGCGAGGCAAAGGUGGUCGUUCGAAAACUACGACCCGUCGAAGCUGUGAUAUCGCGCCUUUUCGCGUCGUCAGUCGAAGAGCCUCGGCAGGUCGUUCGACCGUGCCGGGGUUUGGGUGUCCGUUCAACGUUACUCCGUCGCGAAGACUCGUUUCGGCAGAUAGACGCCGUGGAUUGAGGCCCAGGGCGCCUCGGGACGAUCUAUUGGGCGUGAGGAACGCAGACCGGAGAAUUCGUUAGGGAGAGAACGGAGAAAAGAAACACGUACCAACGUCGGCUGCAAUCUCUAACUGUUAAGACGGACGAAGUGCAAUAGAAACGUUUUAAAGGGGAUCGAGAGAGGAAUCGUGUUCCUUGGAUAAGCUGUAACCGGUGCACAAUGAGGGAAGAGCGAUCUAGUAUCGAGGGACGCUUUCCGCUGGCAUUGAAAAAUUGACAUCCCUUCCUGAUAAUGUUAACUUUAAGUAAUGCUAUUUUUACAUCUUAUGAUCACAAUUUUUAACAUUUGGUAGUUCACCGUUUUUUACAUACAUUUUAUCCGAGUACUUAGGAAUAUCCUCUGUCAGUAGACGUGAAUCUGCGAUUUUAUAUUGUAACGAUUUGACUGCAAAUUUUUAAAAUCAUCAUCAAUGACAAAAUGCAUAUCACGUUUAAUCGAUCAAAGGGAAUCUUUAUUAAAAUGACUCCUGACAUGUUUCAUUUUGUAUAAAAAAUUGCAGUCUAUCCGCGUCAAUGAGAGCGGAAAGCGUGGUUCGAAAGAGAGGUUGGUACGUUUAUUUCAUUUAGAACGGAUGAGCGCGUCGCGCCGAUCUCUGCGCGAGGCUUGAUCGUCCCUUUCGUGUAGGAGUUAUUUCAAUCGAACGAUUCUAACGAGUUAAGUCAGAAAAGACGUGGUACUUCAGUUUCAAAAACGAAUCGUUGAUUAUAGAUAAGAGUCCAUUCGAGGGAAACCAAUUGGAUCAUUAUAAUUAAAUCUGAUGUCUUAAUGUUUUAUAUACCAAACAUAUCACGUAUAACUGCUUGUGCAAGUUACAAAUCGAUAUUUGAAAAAAUUUUACUUCUUCCAAAGAUUCUUCCUGGAUCGAAAAAUUCUCCCAUUGUAUAUAAUUGACGAAUUGUUCGAAUGUAUCGAGGCAAUCAAAGUCACUAAUCGACGAUUCGUGAAUGGCCCUUCGCUCCUCGGCGCUUGUAGCAUCUCACAUUCCAAUUUGGACGCGAGCCAACGGUUCCAAAUUCUUCUCCCUCUAAUUAAUUUAGCUGAUAGAUAGCGUUGAGAAAACAAGAGGAACGAACGAGUACACCUAAGUACGGUGGACACAUUCCGAUUACGGUGUAGGAAAAAGACUUUUGUACAUUCGUGUAAAGUAUCUUGAUGCCAGUUUAGAUACCGCCUAAUGUAAGUUUUCCGAGUGCAUGUGCGAGAGUAAAUCAGUGUGCCGUGAGUUCUCUGAGAUUCGUCUGAAACCCUUUGGCGUCUUAAAGAUUCCGAUUUACUUCUAUUACAUACAGCGAAGUUACAUAUUCAUUCCAAAAGGAACUCAUAUCUCUUUUACAUAGAAACAUCCUACGAACAUAUCAUACAUUAUUUUAUAUAUUUAGGACAUAUAAAAAAGACGUUACCGGCGACGCCGAAGGGUUAAUCGAGAUUCCAUGAAAGAGCGCAAUUUCUAGGUGUCUAUGCGUGCCAACGAAAUCGUAGAAUACUACGAGGAACAUUGAACAAUACAUGUAUUCUGAUGCAAACGCGAUCGAUUCCAUCAAAGAUCAUCGGACCCAUCCUCUUUCGAAAGCUCAUAGAACGAAGAAAGUACAUCGAUCCGAGAUCAUGGACCGAUUGCCAUUCAAACAACGGCACGAUCGUGUCGCGUAUUUAAAUAUUCCAUAAUUCGAAGUUCGAGCACGAACGCAGACGGGAUGUAAGGAACAAACAACGGAUAAUCGAUGGACCCGAAUGGCAACGAGCGUUCGAUCGAUUUCGAAAAUGUUUGCGCCACUUUGCGAAUCGAUUAUCAAAUGUUCCCCCCUCGAUGAACUACUGAACGAGAUCGAGAAUCACAGAUCCUAUCAAUGAUCGAGCAAAUCAGAGGGAAUACGUAUACAUAUAUAUAUGAAUAUAAAUAUAGAUUUAAGACGAUGUAAAAAAAAGUUGAUCGACAAUGCUGAUGAACGGACGAAUGGAAUUCAACGAGAACGUUUAUACAGAUAGAAGAUACGUAUAUUAUAAAUAUAUAUAUAUAUAUAUUAUAUGACAUUUUCUACAUUUGGUAAGGAUGUUGCAUAUCGUACGAAUCGAGGAUGGUAAACGAAAUAAGAGAUGUAAUAUCGGACAGCCGAGCAACGCAUGCUCGCCCAUUAAUUAAUGUAACGUCGAACGUGCCUUAUUUCCUGUAUAUAUACACAUAUGAAUAUUAU